UUUAAUAAAAACCUUUUAAACAAAAACACAAAAUCGUUUCUACAAAUGUUAACGUGCAAUCGUUCUACAAAACUUUCAAUUCGGACGUCCGUCUUAAACUUAUGUGUCUGCUAGAAAGUGUUUCUAUUUCAGUGGCGAUUGUUGGGAUUGCUCUCGAAAUAAACCAAUGCGAAAAUUAAUGGAAAAAUGUCUCGAUCGUCAAUAGAAAGCAAAAUUGACGGCUUGGAGAAUAAGCUGAAAUUAGAAAAUGAAAGACGGGAUAGUACUCAUGGAAGGUUUUCGAUGCCUAAGGGGAAUGGUUUUAAGAAACCUAUACCACCUCUUGGAGAAUUCAAAUCAGAUGGCACGCCGGUCAGACAGAGAAAAAAUUUGAACCUUCCAUUCCCGAGCUCAUUACCAAAGCAAGAUCCUACUGAGACUGAGAACAAAUUAAAGGAAAUUUAUAAGAUGCAAGGAAAAUUGAAAAUAAAUGGAACUCAAUAUUUUGCUACGCAAAACGAUUUAGAGGAUUUGGGCGAAUUGGGAAAUGGAUCUUGUGGACAUGUCGUUAAGAUGUUGCACAAACCUAGUGGUGAAGUCAUCGCUGUCAAGCAAAUGAGGCGAUCAGGCAACACUGACGAAAACAAGCGCAUAAUCAUGGAUUUAGAAGUGGUUUUGAAAUCCCACGAUUGCCCUUACAUUGUACAAUGCCUAGGCUGUUUUAUAACCGAUGCGGAUGUUUGGAUUUGCAUGGAACUGAUGGCAACUUGUUUUGAUAAACUAUUAAAAAGACUCAACAGGCCGAUACCGGAAGAUAUUCUUGGAAAAGUCACCGUUGCGACUGUUAAUGCUUUGUCAUAUCUCAAGAACAAACACGGUGUUAUUCAUAGAGAUGUGAAGCCUUCGAAUAUCUUGUUGGACGAACGGGGCCGAAUAAAACUAUGUGAUUUUGGUAUUAGUGGAAGAUUGGUGGAUUCAAAAGCGAAAACCAGGUCUGCGGGUUGUGCAGCUUAUAUGGCUCCAGAACGAAUAGAUCUGAGCCUAGCAGAUUAUGAUAUUCGAGCCGACGUCUGGUCAUUGGGUAUUACUCUAGUCGAAUUAGCCACAGGACAGUUUCCUUACAUGGGAUGUAAUAACGAUUUCGAAGUCCUCACCAAAGUUCUGGAAGAGGAUCCGCCUACGUUGUCUGCACACGGCGGGUUUUCUGCUGAAUUUCAAAAUUUUGUAAAUCGCUGCUUGACAAAAAACUAUCAGCAAAGGCCCAAGUACGAUGAGCUGCUAAAGCAUCCCUUCGUUGUCAUGUACACGACACGAGAAGUCAAUGUUGCAGACUGGUUUCGAAACAACGAUUUGCAAUUUAAUGACAGGUUUUCUACCCCUAGGAGGUUCAACACGCCUCCGGUGUCUCCAAAACAGCACAUCACAAGAAGAUUCUUCACGUUUAGAAAUUCAAACGAUGGACAGCAACAAAAGUACGAUACACUACCUCACAAUGGACUGUCAUCUUCCACGAGACAACCUUUCAGUCCUUCCAGCACCUCGAAUGAUUCCGUUAAACAUUACACCAGUUGCACCAGCUACGCCAGCACCAAUUUCCUAGACUCUGAUGCAAAAUUGCUGAAUAAUAGAGAACCCAAAUAUGCAACGUUGAACCCGAAUGGAUACAAUGAUCUGGGUCGAUGUUACGAUGCCAGGAAUUUGUUUGAGCAUAAUUUGGGGUCCAAAACGCAGACGUUGGAGAAGAAUUUGGAUGGAAACUUUGUGGUGCAGAAGUACGAUACCAAAAAUGUGGAUAGUAAGAAUAUUGGUGACCUAAAUUUGGAUAAGUUUGGUAGGGAUCAGGUUGUGUUGGAUAGCAAGCAUAAUUUUGGACAGAAUUUGCAUAGGUUUGGAAACCACAGUGUACCAAGUUCCCCACGUUUGCAUUCGGAGAGUAAAAACCUUUACGAUUCCUUAAACCAUACGAGUGAUUCUGCUAAAUUUACACCUUUAAUGCAAAGACACAAUUUCAACUUCUUAGAUAAGUACGAGACUAUUAAACCUAGUGCAAAUAGCAAAAGUGACUUUCAUGUUUUAAACAAAUUACGAAACGGUAGUCCGAGUUUUCAAAGACGUUGUGACAAUUUGAGAAGUUCCAGUCCGGACCAUAUUUAUAGUAGACCUGUGUUUAAAUCUAGUGAUAAUAAAUAUAACAGCGGACAACUGAGUCCUUUUACCCCGAAAAGGAAUUUCGAACUAUCACCUUCUGAGGGUUUCUGGCAAGUACCAGCCAAAGAACCUUUAUCGCCUGGGUUCAAUAGAAAGAGGAUACAACAAUUAGGAGUCUCGAGAUCAGCCAACACGUCUCCUUUGCUUCUGGAACGGUUUUAUCACCAGCAAAAUCAGCAUAGGAGACAAGCAUCCUGUUCACCGCAAAGGCAACAUUACAUUGGUGUAACUACACCAAAUUCUGCCAGGAAGAUUUUGUUCGAGAGCCCUACUUCCAAUGGAUGUCGGAGCAACACUAUUGAACAUCAGAUGAAUAGAUCCAGGCAGGCGUCUCCUUCGAGUGACACUCAGCAGGGUGAUAGUCAGGAGGGCUGGUUGGACUCUUUGACAGGCGCCGUGAAGCGUCGGUUCGCGUCCUGCAUAAAGGUGCAACUCCGGGGAAACGAGGCGCCCAGGUCUCCGACCGGGUCGACGGGCCGAGGAUGCAAAUCGACACAGAACGGUGCCAUUCAGCAGGCCUCGUCGAGUUCUAUACAAAUGUUGGGAAACAGUUCGCCGGUUCAUCAUAGUGAUAUUGGUGCAGGAUCUGGUAGUACCAGACUGAUGAGUCCUGGUGGCAGUGUGCGAGUUAACAAGUUGCCUGAGUAUCUGGAACAUAGGAGGAGGCACCAGAGUCCUGAUCCGCCGCCGAGACUUAACAGAGACAAUCCAGCGAGUCCCUUGGCCAUACAUAGAACCUACUUAGAAAGACUGAGCUCUAGUCCACAGUCACCUAGUCUGCCGAGAAGGUAUCCUCUGACUCCGCAGCCUCCGCCCGUAGACUUUCUUCAGAAAACAGUCAGCAAAUUAGGCACCAGCAUCAGCAGCAUCAGCAGCAUUUGUAUUCCCCAACAUUUGUGUCGACUACUAUGACGUCACAGAACGAGGAUCGAUGACGUCAGUCCUGCCUGAGGACCGACUGGUUCCUCUCCUGACCGAAGGAAAAGAAUUU